AUCUAUAUCUCAACCCAUACCACGAGACUCUAUUUUACAGAGUCGAAAAUUCUUGUGAUCGGACAUGAACGUUCGCGUAGAUGUACGCGUACGUUCGCGCAAGAAGAAAAAGCUAGAACCCUUAGGGAAGGUGGAAGGCUUCCAUAAUGGAAUGCCUCCAGCCUCUUUUUCUGUUGAAGAGGACGACAUACUAGCCAGCUCUCUCAAGUACGCUGCAGUUGGGAGGUCUCAAUCCAAGCUCUCGCCACUAGGGAUGAAGGCCUUCUUGUUGAAAGGAAGGUUCAGGGGUGGCUUCAGAAUAAGGAGGCUCUCGGAUAAGGAACUUUUGUUCAUUUUCAAAGAGGAGGCUGAUUAUACAAGGUUUAUGCAGAAACGAAUCUGGUACGUGGGCAAAACUCUUCUCUUUGUUUCCAAAUGGACUAAAAACUUUUGCAAUGACUGGGAUUGCCCUGUUGUUCCUAUUUGGGUUACCUUCAAACAACUGCCCCUACAUUUUAUCCACUACCGAGCACUUUUUACUCUGGCAUCAACCCUUGGUAGACCUAUUCAGCUAGAUGCUUCAACAUCCAUUAUGGAUAAAAGUCUAGAUGCUAGAGUCCUUAUUGAAAGAGAUGUCAGUAUUCCUCUUCCUCAAUCUGUUCAUCUAAGAAUUGGGGACAAAGACCAUUCUAUACACUAUUUUUUUGAAAAUCCCCCCAUGUUCUGCAACAAGUGCAAAAGGCUAGGGCACAACUGCUUCAUCUCUACACCCACCAGAAAUUCCUUCUCCGGGAAGGAAAAUUGCACAGGGCAGGAGAAGGGGAAGCAAAUAGGGCCCCACCAAUGGGUCUUAGCCAAGGGAAAGAAAAAAUCAUUCAAUAAUCAAAAUAGCAACAGUCAAUUACAACAGUCCAGAAAAAUGUGGGUCAGGAAGAAAACUCAAACAAUUGAUGUCUCCUCUCAGAAUCCUUUUAGUCUUCUGGAACAGCCCAUGGACCAGCCUACGGUUCAAAUUUUGCCAUCCAAUUACCAGUUGUACAAUUCACAUACAAGUACACAUGGGCAGCUGACACGCAUGGACCCACUUCUAGGGCAACUCCUUGGGGAUGCUCAAGUCCCUGCAAACAACAAUAACAAGACAAAUGAUAUCUUCCCAUCCUUCUCUGAAGCUAAGGAGUAUGCUAAUAAGAUGGAUAAGAAAAAACAGACAGAUGAAGACAAUCACUCUCAUAAGGGAGCCUGUCAAACAUUCACAGAGGAAGGCCCUCAUUACAGGACCGCUGAUCAAGGGUUAAGUCUUCUUCUACAAUAUUCAGAACCCAAUUCUCCUAGUAUCCAAGAUCGAGACUGUGAUUUUGGAUACCAUUCAGAAGAAGAAGUUAGUGUGUUUUUAGACAACUCAAAGCUGGAACCUAGAAGCUUUAGAACCCCUGAACAGAAAUCCUUAUGUGUCUCAGUCCCUAAAGCCUUUAAAAAGAGAAAGCACUUUGACAUCCCCACUAUGGUUACCAGGAGGGUAGAAAGAAGACAAUUGUGGGAAGACCUUAUCUCUAAUGCCAUCUAUGAUCACAUUUGGAUAGUUGGUGGAGACUUUAACACUAUCUUAUCUGUGGAUGAACACAAGGGCUCAACAUCCCCCAAUCUGGCAGAUAUCAGGGAAUUCAAGGACUGUCUUGAAGCCAUACCACUCCUCAAUACACAUACUACUGGUGGUACUUACACAUGGGAUGGGGUGAGGAGCAGAGGCAGGGUUUGGAGAAGGCUUGACAGAGCUCUUGCCAAUGAGAAAGCUCUUACUUUCUUCAAUGAUAUCUUCUCUCAUAUGUGCAGCAAAACAACCUCAGAUCACAAACCUAUUGUGCUACAGUGUGCCAUGGAGUCAUUUAAGAGAGCCAAACCUUUCAGAUUCCAGAAUUUUUGGGUCAAUCACUCAACCUUUUUAAAGGUGGUUAAUGAUCAUUGGUCCACAUUCCCCACGCAGGGUGGGAUGAGAGGGUUGGCUUCCAAACUUCAGGCUCUAAAAACCAUUCUCAGAAACUGGAGCAAGAGUACUUUUGGUGACAUCUUUGAAGAAUUGAAGAAAGCAGAAACCAAUGCACAGAGGGCACAGGAAGCCUAUGAGACUAAUCCGGAGGACCCUACUCUUAGAAGCACAGCAAAUGAGGCUUAUGCUAAGCUAAUAGAGGCCACUAAUAGAGAAACUACUUUUUGGAAGCAAAAGGCCAACCUACACUGGCUUGAACAUGGUGACCAGAACUCCUCCUUCUUCCACUCUUUUGUCAAAGGUAGGAGAACAAACCUUAAGAUCAGGGCAAUUAGAGAUAUAGAUGGCAAGCUCAUUGAGACAGAGGAUGGUAUCAAAAGAGCUGCUGAAAAACAUUUCGUGGAAACUUUCAGUAACACGAAGUUGGUGGAAGCUGGACAAAUCCUAAACCACAUACCUAGCCUCAUUACUAAUGAUGAUAACAACAUGAUGUCUGCUAUUCCAGAUGAGAUGGAGGAGUUCUUCAUGGGUAUACCUGUUCCCCAGGCUUAUGGGAGUACACUCAUCACCCUCAUACCCAAGAAGGAGAACUGCACUACGUUCUCAGACUUCAGGCCAAUUUCCCUUUCUACAUUCAUGAGUAAAAUUAACACCAGAAUCCUAGCUACCAGAUUACAAAAACUGAUUCCCAAUCUCAUCUCUAUUGAACAAUCGGCUUACCAAAAAGGCAAAGGAGUUGAAGAUCAUGUACUUAUGGCUAGUGAAAUGGUACAUAGUCUGGACAGAAAAUGUGAUGGCGGGAAUGUGAUCAUCAAGCUAGACAUGGCCAAGGCUUUUGACAAAAUUGAAUGGUCUUUUCUCAAAGGUGUGCUCAACAGAUAUGGGUUCUCUCCUAGGGUGCAGAAUCUUUUACUAGCAAACUUGGAGGCCACUUAUAUCUCUAUUCUUAUCAAUGGCAGUCCCACUGGUUACUUCAAGAUGAAAAGAGGAGUCAAGGUAAGAAACCUACUCAGAUUCAAACACAUACUGGAGGACUACACUCAGGGAUCUGGGCAGGAGGUGAACUUCAGCAAGUCAUGUUUCUUUGCAGGUCCCUGCAAAAGAGAUGGAAUCAGUCUACGACAACAUAUUCUAGAGUGGAAUCUCAGGUCUUCUAGCAAGACUAUAAGGGGUAAUCUCAAAAUGGUUAUAGCCGGAAUCAUUGCCUGGCAUCUUUGGAAAACCUAUAAUGCUGCACUCUACAACGAGGAGCAACCCUCAGUGACAAAAGUCCUCCACAAUAUCAAAACCACUAUCCAAAAUUGGUGUUGGAACAACCGAGAUAAGAGGUAGAUGAACAAAGACUCUGAACUUUU